CUUUUCCCUCCCGUUACCCCUGUACACCGUUUCAACCAUCAGGGGAUCAUAUCUACACAACAGGUUCCCCCUCGUGUUUUGUUUUCGUUUUUUUGUACCACAUUGAAACGAUGGAUGAGAGUCCACUGCAAGUUCUGACUCUACCCACAGCCCCUUACCUAGACCAGAGACCAGGGACUAGUGGUCUGAGGAAGAAGGUGUUCGUCUUCCUGUCCAAAAGGAACUACCUUCAGAACUUUGUCCAGAGUAUAUAUUCCUCCAUCGAUCUGCGAGACCGCCAGGGGUCCACGAUGGUAGUCGGGGGAGAUGGACGCUACUUCAAUCAAACAGCCAUCGAGGUCAUUGUUCAGAUGGCAGCUGCGAACGGGGUCGGCCGGCUCGUGAUUGGUCAUCACGGGAUCAUGUCCACUCCUGCGGUUUCCUGUGUGAUCAGGAAGUACAAGGCCAUCGGUGGUAUCGUCCUCACAGCCAGUCACAACCCCGGGGGACCCAACGGAGACUUUGGCAUCAAGUUCAACACUGCUAAUGGAGGUCCAGCUCAGGAGGCGGUCACCAACAAAAUCUUCCAGAUCAGCAGAACCAUAGAGGAGUAUGCCAUCUGCCCAGAGCUCCGGGUAAACUUGGCUACCCCGGGAAAACAGAUGUUUGACCUGGAGAACAAGUUCAAACCCUUCACAGUGGAGAUAGUGGACUCGGUGGAGUCUUAUGCCAACAUGCUGAGGAACAUCUUUGACUUUGCCGCACUGAAGGAGCUGUUGUCUGGGGAGAACCACAUCAAUAUCCGUCUAGACGCCAUGCAUGGAGUGGUAGGUCCCUAUGUGAAGAGGAUACUGUGUGAAGAGCUGGGCUCUCCUGCUAACUCCGCCAUUAACUGUGUCCCCUUGCAAGACUUUGGGGGUCAGCACCCUGACCCCAACCUCACCUAUGCAGCCGACCUGGUUGAGACCAUGAAGAGUGGCCAGCACGAUUUUGGAGCUGCCUUUGAUGGUGACGGAGACCGUAACAUGAUCCUGGGUAAGCAUGGCUUUUUCGUCAACCCCUCAGACUCUGUGGCUGUCAUCGCUGCCAAUGUCUUCAGCAUCCCCUACUUCCAGCACACAGGGGUGAGAGGUUACGCCCGCAGUAUGCCCACCAGCGCUGCUCUAGACAAUGUGGCCAGAGCAACAAAGAUUGAACUCUACGAGACCCCCACGGGGUGGAAGUUCUUUGGCAACCUGAUGGACGCAGGCAGGCUGUCCCUGUGCGGAGAAGAGAGUUUCGGCACAGGUGCUGACCAUAUCCGUGAGAAGGAUGGACUUUGGGCCGUGCUGGCAUGGCUGUCCAUCCUGGCAGCGAGGAAGCAGAGUGUGGAGGACAUCAUGAAGGACCACUGGCAGAAGUUUGGCAGAAACUUCUUUACCAGGUAUGACUAUGAGGAAGUCGACCUGGAUACAGCCGUUCAGAUGAUGGAGGAUCUGGAGCUGAUGAUGCUGGAGAAGGGCUUCGUAGGCCAGAGGUUCGCAGUGGGGGAGAAGCUCUACCAGGUGGAGAGGGCCGACAACUUUGAAUACACUGACCCCGUAGAUGGGCGCAUCUCCAGAAACCAGGGCCUGAGGAUAAUAUUGACAGACGGCUCCCGGGUCAUCUACAGGCUCAGUGGAACAGGGAGUACGGGGGCGACAGUUCGGGUCUACAUCGACAGCUACGAGACAGACCCCAACAAGAUCUUCCAGGAUCCACAGGUGAUGUUGGCCCCCCUGGUUACCAUAGCCCUGAAGGUCUCACAGCUUCAUGAGAGGACAGGCCGCAGUGGCCCAUCAGUCAUCACAUGAUUGUCCCUUACAACCCCCUGUCCCUUCCUAAUAAAAUACUCAAACCACACUGUCUAUCCCCCAUCCUACCAUCACUUAGAUGGCCCUUUCACUCAAACCACACUGUCUAUCCCCCAUCCUACCAUCACUUAGAUGGCCCUUUCACCCUCUAUCAAAAGCAUCUUUGUUCGAUUUUGUACUUUCAGAUUACCCCCAAUUCAAAACACUCACCACUCAGCUUCAAAUUGAGCAAGAGUGAAUUGUACCAAAAAUAAAACAUGAUCAACUUCGUA